AUGGUUUGUUGCUAUUCUUUCGUGUUGAUAUUCCUAAUGCUGUCUAUUGGCCAGUCGACAGCAGUUCCAAUGAACUCCAGUUUUCACGCAAAGACCAAAUUUUCCCUAUCUGAAAAUGUACAAUGUUGCUGCCAUGAAACAGUAGCCUUUUGCGAUCUUCACCUGAAAGACAAUCUUGUCAUAACCAAUAAAUGUUUCUCCUACGUUACUACCCUAACGUUAAAUGAGCCUGCCGUGGGCACCAUCAAAAAAUUCCACGCUAACUUUACAAGAAAUAUGCAGCAUUUAAUCAUCAAUGGUGGCAGAGUCGAUCUGGCCGAAUUUAAUGUCUUUAUCAAUUCUUCCUUGAUGAUGCUUACCUUAAAUCAAACGACAAUCGAUGGACAAGAACAUCCACUGCCUGCAAUUGAGACAAUUAAAAUCUAUCAAACUAAUUUAAAUCGUUUACCUUUUUUCCAUCCUAGUUUCAAUCCGAGGAAAAGAUCGCUAGGAAAAUAUGUGGGCAGUUUACUUUUGGACAAUAAUCAAAUCAAAAAUACCGAUGUGGAUAUUAUGUCAGCUGGAGUCUAUGCUCACUUGGAACGUUUAUCACUUCGUGGCAAUCAAAUUUCUAGUCUUGUAAAUUUUGAAAUUUUAAACUUUAUGCAAGGGUUAAAAUGGUUGGAUUUAUCCAAUAAUAGCAUCAGUACAGUUGACAAAAUGACUUUAGCACCGUUAAUUCAAUUGCAUUAUUUAUCGUUAAAAGAUCAACGGAUUACUGGGCCUUUCCAAUUUCAAGCCGAUUUAUUAGAUUCGUUAUUAACACAAAUUAAUCAUCGAUGGCAAUUACGCAUUGAGUUACCGCAAUAUGUCUAUUGCAAUUGUACUACAUCUUGGAUUCAAUCUUGGAUUUUUAAUUCCAAUCCAGAUUACUUUGUUGCUAAUUAUGAUCAAAUUGCAUGCUUUAACAAAGUAUUGCCAGGCAACAGUCAAAGGGCAAUUAAUCGUGUCGACUUUAGUCGUUGUCUAUGUCGGCAGCAUGAUUGCCAUGAUCCAAUGUCAUAUUGCCAUUACUAUACUAUUAACGGUGGUUUUGCAGCGGAUUGGCAAUGUGGUAAAGGAUAUGCAACUUACUUUGAUGGGAGCGAUCUUCGUAAACGAUGCUAUCCAUUUAAAACGGCCUCAUGUCGACAUUCUGGAACAGAACUGUCCUGCUCAGGAAAUGGUUAUGAUAACGUUCUCCGGCGAGAAAAUUUGGGUGAUGCAGCUACAAUAUACCGUAAAGUUUUCGACAAUAAUAAUGUAUUCCUUUCUACGCUUCAUUUGUUUGGCUUUAAUUUUGCAAAUCAAAGCGAUUUAAUUGCGACUAUGGCUCUGAUCCAUAGUCAUUACUUCACUUUAUCUGUCAGUAAAAUCGUUAUUGAAGAUUGUAUUUUACCCCAAUUGGAUGUUUUUCCAUUUUUAAAUCCGUUAUAUAGCGCGCCUAUAACAGAAUUGGUAAUAAGAAAUUCUCAUUUGCAAUCCAUUACUUUGCCGCAUCCAAGACUUGUACCAAACUUGCAAAAAUUGUACUUAGAAUAUAAUAAUUUAAGCGCUUUUCCAAUGCCACCAGCGCCAUACGGAAAUUUAACUUUGUUGAUGUUAAAAAAUAAUGCUAUUCAAGAUAUUCCGUCAGACUUCAACAAUAUGUAUUCGAGAUUAAGUAAAGUUGAUUUAACCUAUAAUUCUAUCCAACAAAUACCAACACAUCUUCUGGAUAAAUGGCGUCGAAGUCGUUAUACAUAUGUAGAUUUAUCUUAUAAUAAUAUUAAAAUAUUACCUACGUCUUUAGCUGAAGUGAUCGUGACUAGGUCAGCUAGGAUGUAUUUUGCUGAUUUGCUUGAUUAUAUAGUCGUUCCAAUUCGUUUAAGAGGUAAUUUAAUUCCAUUUGAUGCUUUAAUUGCAUUUACAUCCAAAUUGCUAAUGGAUAACGGUAAUUGUAUGCCACGUACUGGUCAAUUUAGUUCUAAUCAGAGCCACGUAAUGUUCUAUCAGCAACAUUUUUUCGAUACUUAUCUACCAUGUAAUUGUCAUUUUGCCUUACAAUUAAAACCAUUAUGGAUCAAAUGCUUAAAUUUAACACAUCGUUGCUCGAAUCAAGGCAUUCAACCAGGACAGCCUCUAGAUUCGUUAUUACAUCAUCGGUGUAAGUGCAGUAAAGAACGUGAUGUAUGUGUACCAUUUGGAAUUUGUCAUGAAUCAUCGACAGAAUUGGCAUCAUCUUGCGUUCUCGAUUUCAGAGCAAGGCGUAGCAGUGUUCUAUCGCAAGGCACAAUCGGCGAUUUACUGUGCUAUAACAUAUCGGUUAUAGUCUCGCCAUCGACACUUCCUUCAAUCAUUGCACCACCAUCGAAAAGUUUAUCGACAUCGACAAGCUUUACAAGUAUUGUAACGAGUAGUUCGAUUGAUGACAUUCAACUGACUCAAACGGAAACAGUAAAAAAUGACUAUGAUAGCUCAGUAACAAAUAUUUCAUCUAGUCCAUCGAAAGCGCCAUCCAAUCAUAUCAUUAUUCCACCCGAUAGUAAGAAACCUGAGCCUACUCCAUCCAUUGCUAUUACUACAAUGCCCUCUUUGAAUCGCUCUACUAAUAAUUCUGAAUUUCAAACUAAUCCUAUAACACCGACAUUAAUCGCAAACGCUUUUGGCGGAGGUGAUGAGAAAGUUGCCUAUGGUGUGGCUGGGGCUUUAGCCUGCGUUGUUAUAAUAGCCGUAGUCAUAGCUUAUGCAAUUUACAAAAAUAAAUGGGGAUUAGGCAAGUACAAUUGCUUUGCGAAAUCGGAUAUAAGUCAAAAGGCUUUGGUGAACAAUGAAGUUCUGAAUCCGUUGAAAUGA